CCUGCUACUACUCUCCAGCCUUUGAGGCCUUACUUUGUGCAGCAAUUCUUGAGGAAAUGGCAUCAUCGGCAUUGGCUUCAGCAUCGGCGGCGGCUGCGGCGGCGGCGCAGAUGCAGAAGAUGCAACUGAUGAAGGGAGAGCGUCACCUCUUCUCAUCGUCGGACGAUAAUAUUGUGAUGAAGCAAACCCUUGAAACGCAUUCCCCCGAUGGCCGUGAAGUGGAUGUGAGGUCGUUGUUGUACCUCAUUGAGGACAUCAUGCAACGAGCAACUCCUGCCAUUUUAGAGACGCCGCACACUCACUUGGAGGUUAUGGAAGACAGAGCGCAUCAUGCUGCAGUUGUUGGAAUGCUCGAAGCCCUCGCGUACCCCAUUCACAGGAUUGCUGCUGAGAUUACGUACAAGUGCACGAGCGGUGGCGAUGCCCAUGCAACGACGAUCGCCUUGUUGCACACGUUGUCGAACUAUGCAUGGGACGCAAAGGUUAUCCUAGUUUUAGCAGCUUUUGCAGUGACCUAUGGGGAGUUCUGGCUGACAGCCCAGCUUCAUACCAUCAAUCCCCUGGCGAAAUCUGUGUCACUACUUAAGCAGCUCCCUGACAUUUUUGAGCACACCCAUCUUCUUAAGCCAAGAUUUGACGCCAUUAACAACCUCAUCAAGGCCAUGGUGGAUGUUACAAAGUGCAUUGUUGAGUUCAAGGAGCUCCCCUCAGAAUAUAUCUCCCCUGAAUCCCCUGACAUGUCGAUGGCCAUGACCCAUAUCCCAACUGCUGUCUACUGGACCAUUAGAAGUAUUGUAGCUUGUUCCUCUCAGAUCAUUAUGCUCGUAGGCCUUGGCCAUGAGUACAUCAGCUCCACCACUGAGGCAUGGGAAUUGUCGAGUUUAGCUCACAAAGUUAGCAACAUUCAUAGGCACCUUACUAAGCAACUUGCCUUGUGCCAUCACCAUAUAGAUGAGAAGAAGCAUAUCGAGACUUACCAAACACUUGCGCGUCUCUUCGAAGUUGCCCAUCUUGAUAACUUGAAGAUCCUUAGGGCAUUAAUGCAGUCAAAGGAUGAUCUUCCCCUCUCUGAUGGUACUAGAAAGAAAAGAGUUGGUGUUGAUAUGCUGAGACGAAAGAUCGUUAUGUUGUUCAUCUCGGACCUCGACAUUCCCCAGGAAGAACUCCUAGUUCUCGUUCAGAUAUACAACGAUACACAUCAAGGGAAGCUCGAGAGGCCCUAUGAGAUUGUCUGGUUACCGGUCAUUGAUAGGCACAUCCCAUGGAACAGCGGCAGAGAGGAGACUUUCAAUCGCUUGGCAUCCAUGAUGCCAUGGUACUUAAUGCACCACCCUUCGCUGCUCGAUCGAGCUGUGAUCAAAUACAUCAGGGAUGUGUGGCACUUCGAGAAGAAGCCUCUGCUAGUGGUGUUGGAUCCUCAGGGAAAGGUAGUGAAUCCUAAUGCCCUCCACAUGAUGUGGAUAUGGGGCACUCUAGCCUUCCCUUUUACCAGCAAUAGGGAGGCAGCUCUUUGGAAUGAGGAGACUUGGCGGCUUGAAUUCCUCGCCGACGAAAUCGAUCCUGUGAUACUAACAUGGGUGAGAGAAGGCCGGUAUGUUUGCCUGUAUGGCGGCGAGGACAUCGAUUGGAUUCGGAGGUUUGCUACAAGUUUGAGGAGGGUGGCGCAGGAGGCAAAAAUCCCCUUAGAGAUGGUGUAUGUGGGGAAGAGCAAUCCGAAGGAGCGAGUGAAGAAAGCCGUGGGGGUGAUCGCGGCGGAGAAGCUCAGUGGCUACUGGCAAGACCCGGUGAUGGUGUGGUUCUUCUGGGUGAGGCUGGAGAGCAUGUGGCACUCCAAGAUGCAGCAUGGAAAAAGCAUUGAGGAUGACACCAUCAUGCAGGAGGUGAUGACCAUGCUCAGCUUCGACGGAAGCGACGAGGGCUGGGCCGUCAUAAGCCGGGGCUCGGUGGAGAUGGUGAAGUCCCAGGGGAAGAAGCUUGUGGACUGCCUGACGCAGUUCGACGCAUGGAAGGAAACUGUGGAGACUGAAGGAUUCAUUCCAGCGCUGACAAAUGCAUUGAUCCCAUACCACACCCAUGAGCACUGCACUCGUCUCAUCCUCCCCGGCGACAAUGGCCGGAUCAAGCAUCAGGUGAUUUGUGCCCAAUGCAAGCGUCCCAUGGAGAAAUUCAUCCUGUAUCGCUGCUGCAAUGACUGAGAUUGUCGUUAGGCCAGGACUACCUUGGAAGUUUGAAUGUGUGUGGUUCGAAGGCAAGCUUUUCUUGUAGGCCUAAAUAAAGUGUGUUUGUAAUGUUUGAAGUGUCUUGUGGUCCUCCUCACAUGUGAGAUCACUGUUCUUGUGAGUUGUUUCCAGUAAUCUAAUUUGUCUUUGUUAUGGACCUAUGGUUCAAGAAAUAAAAUUUUCUACAUUUCAGUGAUAAAUGA